UUCUUUUCUUUUCUUUUUUUCUUAAUCUGUUUUUUUUUCUUUUUAUUCCUUUUUUCCCCUCCACUCUUUCUUCCCUUUCUUUUCUUUUUUUCUUUUUUUUUUUUCGAGACACGUUCCGUUCGUUUCUUUUCUCUAUGAGUUACUUUACGAAGAAGAUCAUUUCUUAGUGUCACAUGCCAAUCGAAGAGGGAUCACGAAAGAAGAUAGUCCUCUCAUUUGCAUCUCCUUUGGAGAAUCGAGAUGUGGAGCUUUGCGGUCGUUGCUCUAGCAUAUUUUUCGUCGCUCGCGAAAGCGAUACCAAAUUAUAGCGGACUUCCGCCUGGUCCAUAUUGUGCUGCGAGAUAUCCAGCAAGGAGAUGUUGUGAAGGACGACAGGAUGAGUGUAGCGCACCGAUAUUAUCGACGACGUGUUAUUGCGAUGACUUCUGCGAUCGAGAGAGAGAAGAAGAUUGUUGUCCGGAUUAUUAUUCAUAUUGCAAAGGCAUAACCGAACCUCCACUGGAAGAGGUCAGACUUUGCUCCUACGAAGGAAGAAAUUACAAUCACAGUCAGAUUUUCAAAGUAAAUUGCAAUCAAUGUAAAUGUUCAACGUUAGGUAGACGGGCGGAGAUUCUUUGCGAGAAGAAUCGAUGCCUGAUCGAGCCAGAUUUUGUGGAGGAACUUUAUUUGGAGAGUAAUACGUUAGGUUGGCUGCCUGGAAAUUAUUCGAAAUUUUGGGGAAAGUCUCUCGAAGAUGGAAUACAAUAUCGAUUGGGAACGCUUAAUCCGUCGCAAUCGAUUUAUAAGAUGAAUCCUGUGCGACGCGUUUACGAUCCCGAAGCACUUCCACGGAGUUUCAAUGCUAAGUCACGUUGGUCUCGUGACAUAUCUGAAAUUCACGAUCAAGGAUGGUGUGGAGCUUCUUGGGCGAUAUCAACAGCCGAUGUUGCGUCCGAUAGAUUCGCCAUCAUGAGCAAAGGUAUCGAAACCGUAGAAUUAAGUGCUCAGCAUCUUCUUUCGUGCAAUAAUCGAGGCCAGCGGGGUUGCAGUGGUGGUUAUCUGGACCGUGCUUGGUUCUUCAUGAGAAGAUUCGGAUUAGUCGACAAGGAUUGUUAUCCUUGGACAGGACAACAAGAUCAAUGUAGAUUACGAAAGAGAACAAAUCUGAGAGCAGCUGGAUGUCGAAAGCCACCUAAUCCACUUAGAAAGGAAUUAUACAAAGUCGGGCCAGCUUAUCGUCUUGGUAACGAGACAGAUAUAAUGCAAGAAAUCUUAACUUCCGGGCCUGUUCAAGCAACGAUGAAGGUCUAUCAGGAUUUCUUUUAUUAUCAAUCGGGUAUUUAUCGACAUUCUCGAACUGCGGAAAUGUAUCAGUCUGGAUAUCAUUCGGUGAGAAUCAUUGGAUGGGGUGAGGACUACCAUCGUGGUAGUUUGGUCAAAUAUUGGAUCGUUGCGAAUUCUUGGGGCUAUGACUGGGGUGAAAAAGGUUUCUUUAGGAUCGAAAGAGGAACGAACGAAUGUGAGAUCGAAUCUUAUGUACUCGGAGUUUGGGCUGAAACGUUAUAAUAUUAAGACAGUAUAUAUUUAUAUAUAUAUAUAUAUAUAUACUGAAAAGAAAAUUGUGACAUUUUUUUUCAUGAUCACUAAAUAAUAUCGGUGCAUUUAUCGAUUCUCUAUCGUCCUCAUUGUUUCGUCGAAUUUUAUAUUAAUAGAUAAUUGUCAAAGCGAGUCAAGACGCAAUCCAAUAAUAGUCUUUUGUUAAAUGUCUGAUUUGGUAUCUUUGUUAUUCCGUUUAAAUCAAUGCAAACCAAUGCAAAAAUUUAUACUGUUGUUAUAGUUGAAUACAUAUAGUAAAAAUAUCAAAGUACAAGCAAAAACAAAAGUACAAGCAAAACACAACACAUAAAGAAUACCAAUUACAUAGGGAUGUGUUCAAAGAACGAAAAAAGAGAAGGAAAUAAAAUAAAAAGAAAGAAAGAAAGAAAGAGAAGGAAAAAAAAUCCUUAUGUUAAAUAGAUUACCAUAUGUACAAUGUACCAAAUCGAUAUCAUCCCAACUCAGGUUUAUACCUACAUACAUACAUACAUACAUAUAUAUAUAUAUAUUUAUAUAUAUAUAAUACAUAUUUUUAAGAGUCACGAUAACACAUUAUCAAUAUAUUAUAUUAUAACAAUAUUAUUGAUAUACUGCCAAUAUCUGUAACGAUUCAGAAGGAUUGUGCGUGAGUGUGUGUGUGUGUGUGUGUGUGUGUGUGUGUGUGUGUGUAUGUAUGUAUGUCGACAUUUUGAAAUGUGUUCGUCAAAUAAUUUUAAUGUCAAAUCAUUAAUCAUUCGCAAAAUUAUUUGACCGACUGCUUGUUGCCACGCCAAUUUACAAUUUACUUACAUAUAUUACAAUUAAUUUAAAAAUAAUUUCACUAUAUUGUCUAUCAUUUUAAUUAGCUAAAUUCGAAACGCGAAUUUCGUGCUUUCUGCUUUUACUCAUAUGCAGAUUAUAUAAUUUUAGUUAAUAUUUUAUAUUAUAUCAAUCAUUACAUACGCGUGACUAUAACAAUAAUGAUAAUUCUAAUAGUAACAUCGAAAAAUAAUGUAACUCAUAUAAAGUGGAUUGUAUACGAACGUCAUAUUAUACUCAAGUAUACGUGUGCAUAUAUAUAUAUAUAUAUAUAUAUAUAUAUAUACACAUACACACACACAUAUGUAUAAUUAAUGUAUAUGUAAUACAACGUGAAAUAUAUAUAUAUAUGUGUGUGUGUGUGUGUGUGUAAGAAUUAGCUUCCAUAACUGUUUUGUCUAAACGCGUCAGUAUUUAAGUAAAAUGUUAAUAGAAUUCGAAAUGAAUUCUUUGAAAUAUUUUUGUUACAUGCAACGCCACGACUAUCCUAAUCAUGUCAUUAGUUAAAUAGUAAAAUAUUAAGCAUGUCCUUUUACGCCUCGUGUAUGUCCCUUGUAAGUUAUUACAUGAUUAUUUUUGAAAUAAAAGAUGUGAUACACAUCAAA